AUGAUUGUUGGACGCAUAAUCAACGGAUUCGGUAUGGGACUGACAUCAUCAACCUGCCCAGUCUACCAGGCCGAGUGUUCGAAGCCUCAUGCACGGGGAAAGCUGGUUGUUGUCGGAUCCUUGUCAAACACUGCUGCAUUCUGUCUUGCAAAUUGGAUGAACUUUGGUCUCUACUUUCAAGGGGAAGCUCUGCAGUGGAGAUUUCCUUUAGGAUUUCAGCUCAUCUUCCCCGUGAUAGUCUCUUUAACCAUGCUCUUUGUUCCCGAGUCCCCUAGAUGGCUACUGCUGAAGGAUAGGCAUGAAGAGGCUCUUCACACACUUGCACGCCUAGAAGGCCCGACAAAGUCCAUCGACGACAUUGAUGUCAAAGCACAAUUUCUAUCAAUAAAGUCUGCACUGGAGAUGGAAAGAAGAGAGCGGGCACCUUUCAUGGAUAUUCUUACCGGUCGGGACAAAAUGAAGAAUCUACGACGACUACUUCUAUCAUGCGGUACACAAUUCAUGCAGCAAUUCAGCGGGGUAAAUGCGCUCGGCUACUAUCUUCCGACAUUAUUGGUACAGAGUGUGGGGCUUGGAGAACAAGAAAGCCGUCUCUUAACAGCCAUCAAUGGAACGACCUAUCUCUGCGCUGCAUUUUGCUGCCUAAUUGUAAUUGAUCUUUUCGGUCGUCGAAAAUUAAUGUUAUACGGGUCGGUGGGCAUGGGCUCCUGCUAUUUCGUUGCCGCCAUGUGUUUGAAAGCCGGAGAGGGUAACCCUAUGAAGAAACAGUUGAUGGGCCAGGUCACCACCGCCAUGUUUUUCUUAUAUUAUUUCAUCUAUGGCACAAGCUUUGCGAAAGUUCCAUGGGUGUACAACUCAGAGGUCAACUCACUCGGCUGGCGCACUAAGGGUGCAGCAGCAGCCACAGGGACAAACUGGAUUUGCGGCUUUAUUGUAACACAGUUUACAAGUAUUGGGGUUAAGAACCUACACUGGCGUUUCUACUUGAGUAAGUUCGAAGUUGCUCUCCCAUUACGAAAAUGCUAA